AUGCCCUGGCAGCUCCCUGCAGCGAUGGCGCUCUUCCUGUCCCUGGCCGUGAUUUUGCAUCAUGGCAGUCAAGCAAGAGCAACAGGGUUUCCAGAAAUCACUGGCUCUUCUCAACCCACACGAGCAGCAACAGUACCGGCCACAGCAAAACCUUCUUUCCUGCAACUGACUAGCCAAGGGCCUCACAGAACUACAGCAGCAAGUUCAACGGGUGGUCACGUCCCCUCUCAAACCGCUGCCACAACCUCUAACUCUGAGACCCCAACCACACACACAACAGUAAAAACCCUAACAACGGCCUCUCUGAUAACUACCAACAGCACCCCAUCCACCAGCCCAGAAAUCCACACUCUAGGCACAACCCUGGCCACACCCAACAACUCACACACGGCUGCUCCCGUCACCGAGGCUACCAUCGGCCCCAGUGCAGCUCCUGGCUCACUGCCCCCCACCAUCACCCCACCAGCCCACACAACUAGACCCCACCCAUCGACUGUCAGCCACACAGCUGGGAAGACCACCCAACCCAGUAGCCAGACCACCCUUCCAGCCACUUUGUCCACCUCACCGCACAUCGACACAACCAGUCAGAAGCCCACUCAACCCACCCAUGCCCUGGUCACAACCACAGCUGCACACAAUGCCACCCACACAGCCUCACCUGCCACCAUGGCUCCAGGGCCCACCCUUGCACCUCAGCCAUCACCAGCCAAGACUGGGAUUUAUCAAGUUCUAAAUGGAAGCAGGCUCUGUAUCAAAGCAGAGAUGGGGAUAGAGCUGAUGGUUCAAGACAUCGAGUCGGUUUUUUCACCUCAGAGAUACUUCAACAUCGACCCCAAUGCAACUCAAGCCUCUGGGAACUGUGGCUUCCGAAAUUCCAACCUUCUUUUGAAUUUCCAGGGCGGAUUUGUGAACCUGACAUUCACCAAGGAUGAAAACUCAUAUUAUAUCAGUGAAGUGGGAGCCUAUUUGACCGUCUCAAAUCCAGAGAAAAUUUACCAAGGAAUGAAGAGCUCUGUGAUGAUGUUUGAGACGGUGAUCGGGCAUUCCUUCAAGUGUGUGACUGAGCAGAGCACCCAGCUGUCAGCCCACCUUCAUCUGAAGACAAUGAAUGUCCAACUUCAAGCCUUUGAUUUCGAAGAUGACCACUUUGGAAAUGUUACAGCGGAUGAAUGCUUCAAUGACAGAAACAAGAGAGAAAUCCCUGUGGCCGUGGGCCUGAGUCUCGCAGGACUGCUUGGCGUUUUGCUAACAGCAUGCCUGGUGGCCAGAGAGAGGCCCAGUAGAGGAUAUGAACGCAUGUAAAACCCCAGCUCCUUCAGAAUGUGGGGGGUUAAGGCCUUGGGAAUUCUGGCUUCAUAUUCAGCCUAAAGCAAAGGGAUUGACUUUUCUAGUUGCCUCUCCCACCUUCCCAGUCUGAUUAAGAGACCCAGCUUUGAACCAAAAGGCCACCCAAAGGCUGGCUAAAAUGCAGCCCCUCCUGCUUUCUCCUGUUAGUGUGGGGAGGCCUGGCCUCCUGGGCUCAAAUUCCACCCUCCACACCUGAUAAUAUGGGCCUGGCAGUGAGCAUUGGGAACAAGCGGUAGGGACAGGAGUAGGGUGCUUGUGAGGACAAAGCAGAUAUCCAAAGGGAGAACUGUGGGAAGGACACUUUCAUAUUGCAUUGCUUUUUCUUAUCCAUUUUUAAGAGUCUCACUAUCCAGUAUUUGUUAUGCAUAUUACUUUUUUUUUUA